GGCCUGACAGCGUCCAGGAAUAUGUCUGCACAUACAAUGUAUCCCAGGCAAUACUCCCUCUGUGAAAUUUGACCCCCGGCGUUUCCGUUUGUAGCAACAUGUCUCGUGCUGGUGAUAACCUUCCUUGGCAUAAUGAGCUCCAUAGACGUGAGCGGAUGGUUAUCAUUCAUUCAGUCGGACCGUUUUACUUUCUUAUUGGCCAUUCAUUUUAAAAGGGAAUAGCGCUCACAUUUGCAAGAUUGAAGGGCUUGCAGUUGGAUCUGCAUUUGACGGGCUAAUUCCUUCCCCGGAUGGUGAAAUGGACAAUGGCCACUCACGAAGUGUUAGACGUUCAAUACGACACGGUACUAGCAAUCUCUUACGCUUCGUACUGCCCAGCACUUGUUCCAUCAAACAUGCACAGACAAUUCGAUUCUUUACGUAUCCCUCUGUUAAGCAAUUUGCUUAGGCCAUCUCUUUACAUUGGAUGUUGUGCUGUUCUGUGGGGAAUCAUAAGCGGUCUGACUGCGCUAACAAAAGACUUCGGCAGUAUCGUUGCGUGUCGCGUGCUUCUUGGUCUACCGAAAGCUGCAUUUUAUCCGGGUUGUUCGUAUCUCCUAUCGAGAUGGUACACACGCAAGUUCUUGGCUGCUGCAGUUUUAGCGACCAUGGAAGACAAGUUCAACAUAGCUGCCUGGAGAUGGCUGUUCUUUAUAGAGAGUCUUGUCACUAUCACUGUUGGAAUUCUCUCAAUGUGGCUGCUUCCCGACUACCCGCACAAUACUCGGUGGCUGAAUCUCAAAGAGAGACGCCUUGCACAGCUUCGGCUCGCCAAAGAUGUCGGCGAAGCGGAUAUGGACUCGGAAGGGGCCAGCACUUUCGAGGGUCUCCGAAUGGCCGUAAAAGAUGUGAAGGCUUGUCUCUUUAUGUUCUUAGCUUUCCUCCUGUCCCUGGCAGCGAGUUUCACCAAUUUCUUCUCCACGCUGACUGCCACUCUCGGUUACUCCACAACGCGUCCUGACUGUUUCGGUGACAGGCCCCCGUGGGUCCUUCCCGCAAUAGUCGGUGUUGCCAAUGCCUGGCAUUCCGGCGAGUAAGUUCAAAGUAAUGCUAAGCAGCGCCUUGCUUGACAUAAACAGACCGCACUGGCAAACGCUUCUUCCACCUGGUCAUAUAUUGGUGGAUCACGAUUGUUGGAUUUAUCAUAUCACUAUCGACAAUGGCAACUGCUGCAAGAUACUUCUCGCAAUACUUGAUGACACUACGCUUUGGUGGUAUAGGUGGUCAGUGAUAUGGUGUUCAUUGCAUGGGUCGCCAAUGCAAUCCCCGUCCGCCCGGUAAACGCAGUGU